CACAUGCUACUGAUGUUGUCUCGCUGACUGGUGCCCGUCGUUAAUGCUGCUGCUGGUCUAGUGGCAUAACUACUCCUUUCCUUAAAUGUUUCUUUCUACGCACCCGCGGGGAAUGUGGUAGUGACAUUGAUCCUUUUCAUUCAACAAAUUCUGUCAGUUCUCUGGAGGUGAACUGGGUUCACUGGCUGUAUAUUAUUCUUUCGGGUAUCCUUUGCUGAAUCACUUUACAGAGGGUUAACUUGCAGUGGGACACAGGGCAUCAGGUUCUUGCCGAAGUCCACGAGGUGAAUCCCUGAGUAAACUGCCAUCAAAGCUACGUCACACUCUUUGCAUAGUACAUCAGUUUUGAGCCUGUGGGAAACCGUGGACGUUUUCACAACCUUAGCACUGGGGGAGAGUUGCGUCAGUUGGUGCAGUGAUAUAGAAAGAGUUGAGGGCCUUUUCUGAGGAGUGAGCAUUGCUGAUUGGGCCAGCAUCUGUCUCUCAUCUGAAGUUGCCCUUCCAAUCGUCUUGAGCUGCCGCAAUGCAUGUGGUGUAGGUACAGCACAGUUCAUUAGGGAGGGAAUUCUCAGUUUUCGACUAACUAUAGUGAAGGAGUGGCAAUACAGUUCCAUGUCGGGAUGGUGUGUAGUUCGAGUGGAAUAUUACAGGUGGUUGGUCGGCUUUCGGCUAAAGAGACCAUAUUGUAGUCAAAGCUCCCUCAGUGCGCCCCAGUCAAGAUGCUAAUUUUGUUUGUGGCUCUGUUGUGAAUUGUCUCAGAUGAUGGAAAUUGUUAUAACUGUUAAAUUUUGAGCAGCGUUUUCAGAGUAGGUUGUUGGAUACGGAUUGAUGUGAAGCUCCUAAUACAAAAGUAUAUUUUUUCAGCUUUGUAGUUACAGAGCAUCAGUGAAGCGUGAUAAAGACCACAUAGAAGAGCUACAUAAUUGUAAAAACAUCGAGUUAAAAUGUUAACGAACACCUUGUCAGUCAGUGGCCACAAUGGAGUUGAAUCUUGAUCGCAAAAGGAAAAAGGUCUUUGUGCAGUUUCAGGAUGGCAGGAGGAUGAUGGGGGCUGUCGAGCCCCUCAGUGCCCUCUCUCGCUGGUACCUUUAUGCCAUCCACGGCUACUUCUGUGAGGUGAUGUUCACAGCUGCCUGGGAGUUUGUGGUCAAUUUCAACUGGAAAUUCCCAGGGGUAACCAGCGUUUGGGCCCUUUUCAUCUAUGGCACCUCCAUUAUGGUGGUGGAGCGGAUGUACCUGUGCCUGAAGGACCGGUGUCCAAGCGUGGUGAGGUGCAUCAUCUACACCCUCUGGACCUACGUCUGGGAGUUCUCGACCGGGCUUAUUCUGCGUCAGUUCAAUGCCUGCCCCUGGGACUACUCCCAGUUUGAUUAUGACUUCAUGGGGUUGGUGACACUGGAGUAUGCUGUGCCGUGGUUCUGCGCCUCUUUCAUUGUGGAAAAGCUGGUGAUCAGGAACACCCUGCGUUUGCGGUUCGAUGAGAACGGGGAGCCUCGCACCCCAACCAUUUCUCCACCGACGCUGUGGGGCCACUUGAAGCUGAGGAAGGUCGAGUAAAUCACUCGCUUUCAUUUCCCUAUUCGAUGGCAGCUGGAGUUCGGGAAUCUCCUGGUUUACAUUUCCAGACUCGGGAACAAACAACAACGGGACCUCAAGCCAGUUCAGAAAACGGUUUAUUUCUGUGCUUUUCCCUUUUUGGGAAUGGAGAAGCCCAUUUCCAUUGCGUUCUGACUCUAGCGCAGUAUAAUCUGGUUAAAGUGUUACUGCAAUGUCCUCGCUCCCAGUGCACGGACUGUCCACUAACAAGUAUUUGGUCCUCACUGACAGUGCUCUGCCUGGGGCUGCACAGAGUGGGACGAUUUAGUAUUUAUAACAACUUCUUUCUGUUCAUGAAAUAUCCGAGACCAACCCAACGAGAGACAGCUCCUGCAUGUUCUGCUGUUUUUAUGCUACUCAACUUGUUGCUAUUGUAAAAGGAUGUGGGAAAUAAGUGUAUUUGUGAACAAGUCACACAAUGUAGUGCGUAAUUGUCCACAAACACACUUUCAAUACGGUUUCACCUGUUUACCAAAAGGAGGAGUCAGUGAUCAGACGUUGUUCAGGUGUGUGUAAAGUGAACAGUUUGCUAGUCGGGGUUGAGAUCUGUCCACUGGCCAGGUGGCUGUGUGUGUACAUGUUUGGAGCCCAAACACCUGACACAACUGCAUGUGCCCAAAUAUUUUCUGAGGGCUGUUCCCAGAUCCGGAUCUGACUUGUGCAUUUCUGCUGUGUCAUUACAAUAAAAAGCAUCCUGUUGAGGAAA